UGAGUGCUUACACUUGCCCAAUGAUUCUUUACUUCUUAUCCGGAGAGGUGCAUGAGUGUCUAAAAUAAAUUUUUAUGAUUUAAUUAAAACACAUUUUUUAAAAUUCCUUAUUGUUUGAUCUUGGAUUGUUCUUGCUGCAAAUUUUGUGGGAGAAAUUUUUAGAUUUCCCGUACAUCACGCAUGCGCACAGUGUGACUUUUGUACAUCCGGGUGUUAAUUGCAGGAAGGGCUGUAAUGGAAGGUGUCAAUCGGCGAACGAGAAAAUGAAUGAAUUAUUGCAUGUAACCCGUCACUUGACGCUAAAAAGAUUAGCAUGAGAUUCAGAACUUAUCUUUUUCGAUAAUAUAAACCCAUGAGACUGUGGUAAACUUUCCAUUUUCGCAAAGAAAAACAGCUGUCUUAGGGGGUGUGUUAAACAGAGAUUACCGACAAGCCAAGGCUUUGGCUUUGCUCUCUGUCGUUGUAUCGUGUGUCAGGAUUUCCAGCAAGCAAGGAUGAGUUCACAUUCUGGGAGAAGAAGGAGUAAUGUUCGGCAAUACUCCGCGGAAGAUCAAGCGCUAACACAAAUUUCGAAAGAGGCUGAGAACAGGCUUGCAGCAAAAAGAGCCGCCAGGGCUGAAGCCAGGGAGAUACGCAUGAAAGAGAUUGAGCGCCAGCAACGAGAGCAGGAGGAAAAGCUGAACAAUGAACAUAUCGGAGUAACAAAGGUCAAGAAUAAAAAAUUAUUGACUCGGCAACAUCCCACAGGAUCAAGACGAGGCAGUGAUGAUUCCAGUGAAGGAAGCGGUGAUGCACCCAGUGGCAAAGACCGUGACCUUAGGAUGGAAUUACGAUCCUUGGAGGAGAAGUAUAAAACCGCCAUGAUGAGCAGUGCUCAGCUGGACAAUGAAAAACAGUCACUGGUGUACCAGGUUGAGCUUCUCAAAGACCAGUUAGAAGAACAGGCAGAGAGCUAUGUCGAACUGCAGCGGGAGUACAAGGACAAGUGUCGGGAUUUGGAAAUGAAAAAACGAGAGCUACAAGCUGCAGAAGUGGAACUUAAAGCUUUGAGGGAAGCAAAUGACUAUAAAGAUCGUUUGAUAGCAGAAAGUGGUCUGACAAUAGUGGCUGCAGAAAAUGGAGAGCUGGCAUUAGAACGAACCAACGAAUCACCUUCUACCAACGGUCCAGUUUCUACUGGAGCAGUGUUACUAUCAGCAGAGGCCAUGGACCUGUUGAACAAAAGCAGCCAGGGGUCGUUAGAUGAUAAAGUCAAGGCUCUUGCUUCAGAGAAAAAGAAAUUAAUGGAAGAGAUCAAGAGGUUACACAACCUACUAGAUGAUGAACAGACAAAAUCAAAGAAAACUGAGGACUCUGCAAAAAUACCCCAGAUUAAUGGACCAGAAAUGCAACUGUAUGAAAUACAGCGUGAGGCAAGCAAGCAAAUACAUGAUUACAAGUUCAAGUUACAAAAGGCUGAGCAAGAUAUUGCAACAUUAGAAGGAAUGGUUAGUCGACUGGAAACCCAAGUGAAGAGAUACAAAGCAGAUGCUGAGCGAGCAGAGAGUGUAGAAGAUGAGCUGAAGCAGGAGAAAAGGAAACUGCAGCGAGAGCUACGAGAGGCACAAACACAGCUGGAGGAGCUUCAAAACCAGAAUAAACACUUGACAACACGAUUAGAUCGCAUCAAGCAGUCUCGCACAGCCCUUGGAAUUCAAUGACAAGCUCUUGAAAAAUCUCCUGCUAUACUAAGCCAUCCUUCAUGCCAAGGCAUGCAAUUCACAUAACUCCUAUGUCUCAACAGGAGAAAGAAUGGUCUGCCUUGGAUCAUUCAGGCAUAUCAGCCCCAAGUCUUGACUGUGACUAGUUUGUGAACUGCUGCGGUUGUGUGAGUUUUGAGUGCAAACUGUCCUUUAAAAAAGACCAGUUGUAGCAGAAGUUACUGUCAUAUUUACAGGAGUGAUCACUCUUGGUUCCUCCAGGUCUUAUGUUGAUAACAUUAUGGACAAAAUUUACUUCCCCAUCUCUUCCAGACAGUUCCCUGAGUGCUCUCUCUGUGUGUGGUGGGAGGGGUGCAUGUGUGUGUGUACACUUGUGCAAGUAUCACAUGCAUACAUGCGAACACAUGUGGUAUUUGUCAAGUUAGUAACAGAGUUUUCUUGGGGGAAUGAACAAUUGCAAUUUUAUUCUUUAAGUAUCAUUAUAACCUUUUGCAUGAGUGCUGACACGAAGUGAAACUUUUUGAGUUACAUGUGAAAGUAGAUAUCUUGAUGAACAUCUUACAUGAUGUCCUGCAUAAAAAAAAAAACAGCUAGACUUUCAUUCCACAGGUAGGAACUAUGAAAACUAGUGCACAUUAUUAUCUGCUGCUUUUACUUCUGGUUUGCCCUUUGGAAAAACCUUUGAAUUUUCUAACUUUACAGUUGGGACAUAUUACAGGAAUUCGAGAUUUAUAAUGUACUUGAUGUUGAAGCAUUACAAAGAGUUGCUUUAGAAAGACUGAAAACUGAAUAGGACUUAAAAUUUUUUUUUUCCCCCUUGGGGGAAGGGGUGUAGGCAAUGGGUACAUCUUUUUCUUCCUUACAUUGGUUGAUAAAAUGAAGCAUUUUUGGUGCUUUUUUUUUACAACAAUAUAGUAAGGAGGAGAUCAUUAGUUGGAUAUUUUGAGCUGAAUAUUAAAGUUUGAAGGUGAUGCAAUAAAGUUUGCUAUGACUUCAUGUUGGAAGAUGAUUCUCAUACUCAGUGCUAUAGCUCUUUUCGCUUCAUGCUGAAUUGUGUGCGGUGCUUUGUUGAUGACUGUAGUCUUGGUUUUUCAGCUUUGCUUCUUUCUCCAGUUUUUGGAUUUUAACUCAGCUUUGUAGAUUUGGCAUUCCAGAACAAGCUUCUGGGUUCUGUUUUCUUAUUUAUGCACAUGAUACUGCUUUUGUAUUGUGAUUGACUCCAGAUCAGAGAUGAGACAAUAGGUUGAUCACUUUUUCAAAGAUUUCUGAUUGGCUCAUUGUUGAUAAUUCAGAUUGCCUUGGUUCAUUUUAAAUCCAUCUCAAAUCACCCAUCAUUAAGUCAAUAUCUAUCAUUUAGUCUAAUGUCUUAGGGAAAAACAAUUACGAAUAAGAAUUAUUCUAUUUUCUUGCUACAAGGACAUGCAGGAAGUGAGAAUAGAGUGGUUCAAGUCACCUGCAAAAAAUAGCAAAGCAAACACUAAGGUGAGACAACAUGCAGACAUUGCUGGCCUCUUAACAUGCAGCAACUUUUGAGUUCUGCAAUGCAACAGAUACAAUGAGUAGAUUAAAACCCUAACCCCAUUACAUAAAUCGUACUGGCAGUACUGUUUGGAACAGUGUUCCACAGUUACGGUAGAGCACAUAUGACAUAUUGAAGUGAUUGGUGGACACAAAAAUUUAAGAGUGUUCAUUACUUUUUUUCUUUGCAGAUAAAAGGCAGACAGCAGACUAUUGUAUUUCAUUUAUUGGACAAGAACAGCAUUUUUCCCUUCAUACUAAUCAUAGAGCAACUUAUAUUGUACAGAAUAUAUAGCUGGUUGCUUAGAAAUGGUUGUUUUCAAAAACAUAUUCUUUAUUGGGUGAAGUUGCCAAUUUCAGUGCCAAAUUUAGUCUUUCGCUAAGCAUCUAUCCUGAUGAAUGAUUUUGCAGUGUUUUUUGCAUUCAAAAAAAUUGUACUUUCUUUACAGAAUGUACACUAUACCAUUCUUUACAGAAAGUGCAUCAUACCGUUAUGUCAUGCAUAGUGUCCUACUGUACACCAAAUGCUAUCCAGUCAGUUAUCAUUCUUAUCUGCUCACAACUGCUGCAAGGUUCUUCAUGUACCUUGUUUCCAUCAACAUGCAAAGCUUAUGCACAUUGUCAUGUUGUUUCUUUAGUUUUGUGCCAUUUUAGACACUAAAUACAAACACUAGAUAAAGAUUUAAAAUAGUGAUACUGUUGAUAUGUUUGGAAUAGACUCAUAAUAACAUUUCUGCACAGUAUACAGCUUUUUUGUUCUUUAAUGUGAAAUUUUGCUUGUUCUGCAGAUCUUAUUACAUUGCUUGAUCUUCCCAUAGUGUAUGCUGCAAGGCUGCUGAUUUUGACUUGUUUUGGAGUUGUGUGAGUAGUGAAAGGCUAACAAUUUUCCUAAAUGUUUUAUAUGUUUAUUGAUUUGCAUUUAACGGAAAAACUGUGAUCAGCUGACAUUUCAACAGGAUAUGUGGACUUUAUGUGAACUAAUUUUUUUGUAUAUGAUUUUUAAGUGUAGUAAUAUAAUUGUAUAUAAUAAUAGCAUUCUCAGAUGAGAAAUGCUUUUAAGCAACGCAAUAAAGCCAGUAAGGAAAAAUACUUGGUGAUAGUUAACUGGGGAAACAUAAAUCAGUAACCUGCUUAGGUUUAGGUGUUCAGCUUUUGGCCUCAUCGUUUUCUUCUGGCUACUGCUGAGGUCAGGAACAUGCCUUGAUAAGGCAUUAUCCAGUGGACAUGCGGAAGACUAAGAUGAAAAUCCAGAUUCUUAAUAUAAAAGCCUGGGGAUUUUGUCAUGGGGACAAACAAAGUCGGUAAAUUUGUCAAGAGGAGUGGAAACUUUGUUAAGAUACCAGAGUAAGCUAGGCAAUUUUGUCAGUACUUAAACAGAAGACUAGAGGAUUUUGUCAAAAUGCAAAUUCAGAAUGGGAGACUUUGUGGAAGAUGAUUAUUAUUCAUCAUUAAAAGAGAUGACAAAGCUGACUUUGUAGGGAUGGCAAACAAUGAAAACUGGGAACUUCAUACCCACAUUGUGAUACUGUCAGGAUGAUGAAUAGAGGUUGUAAAUGAGAUUCUUGUGCCAGUAAAUGUCAGUAUAAAAAGGUCUAAUCCCAGAGCAGACUGUACUGUUGAGUCAAGGUAGUUAUCAGGGAAGAUCAUGAACAUUUUGUUUAAAUAACAGCUAGAGGACAGCAUACCAGUUAAAUGGUAAAUGUGAGCACUCAAGACUCAAUGUUGUGGCAAAGUUUUUGCUGCUUAGUUGCAACAGUGCCUGACCAUUUUGACUUAUGUUUUCUCAUUAGCAGAUGCAGUUUUUUUAAGAAGCAAAGGUGUUUGCAGAUUAAUAAAAUGUGGGCAACUAUAUAGGUGAUUUAGUUUGUAUUCGUCUCAUUUUAUUUUGGUUUUAUUGUUGUAAGCUAGAGGUGUAGAGACGAGCUGCAGUGGUGCAUGAUAAUUUUAUGAGCAAGUCUUUCACUUCUCUGUACAGCCAAAGCUUUGGUGUGUCAUGGGUGACUGCCAAUCACCCAACAUCCUGAUCAAGUUCUUUUCACCAGAUAUUGACCUCAGACUGUAAAAUAUUUACACCAGAUUUCACAGUAUUUAGAACCUGUUUUCUCUUAUGUCACAGUCAAGCUUGCUUUGUAACUAUAACUGGAUGCAGGAUAUUAUCUAGAAAUUGAGAUAGUAACUAAGAAUAUGUUCUUUUGAAAGCUUCCUAAUAUAUAUAUCACAAGGAAUGUAUCACUUCAUCAUCUGAAGAGACCCUAAAGAGAGCAAUGUAGAUUACAUGUGCUUAUGCAUUGUUGCUUUCCCCUCCAUUAGAAUGACUGUAUUGCUUUACAUCAUCUUUGUGUUUCAUCUGUAGAAGCUUAAUGUAGUUUUUGCUUCAAGCUUUCAGAGAUCAUUGUCUAGUCCUUUGACCUUUAGUCUAAAAGGUAUGUCAUAAUACGGCAUCAUGGGUCGAAAGCUAUCCAUUUUGGUAUUAAAUAUGCACCAUGCUUGACAUAGUCAAAAAAUAAAGUCUUAGUAUCUACUAUUUUUUAGGUGUUACACAGAACUCUUAAGUGUAUUUAUGUGACAUGCUGUCUGUGCCUUUCUCUUAUAAGUGAUCUCAGAGUGUUUGGAGGUGGGAUUAUGUAAGGAGUGAAAAGUAUAAGGACAUUCAUUUUCUUGAAGUUCUUUUUUACAGAGAUGCAUUUUGCAGAUGGCAUUAUUCCUGGGCAAGGAAGCAUUUAUGUGAAUGCAGUUGUUGUGAGGUCAAUAUUGAAACACAAGGAUCCAGCUUUUCCACCAUUAUUUUCUAAAUUGUAAACAUUUUACUGAUUUUGUAUAUGUAUCUAUGUCAAAGCCAGAAGCUUGAAUAUUUUUCUUUGCUCUCAUCUUUGAAGCUUGUCAAAUGUUUUACGUCAUUUUCACUGUUUGCUGUUCCAGACAAUUCUUGUUGGCUAUAAAGCUUAAAACAAUGACCUUUCUAGGGAAGUGGGAUAAAAAGUUGUACAGCAUAUUUUCAUUCAUUGAACUUUUGUAAUUUCAGCCCUACUUUAAAGUGUCCAUAGUAAGACAUUUCUUUCUCAGUGGACAUCUCCUUGCACUCACCUGCCUCCAACAAGCAUCCAUCAAUAAUGCCAUUCAGCAGAAGGUAUUGACUGUAACAGCUUACCAUGCAAAACGAAAUGGUAGGAAUUUAAAAUAAUAUCACACUCAGUAUAUCUCGAAGUCUUGCACACAGGGUAUGUGGCAGUAUAAAGGAUUGUUUAUAAUCAGCAGUGGACUAGAUUUUGUCCUAAUACAACUGGAUAUGUACUAAAUGAAGAUGGUCCCAUUUUGCUGCUAGGUUUGUAUCAUUAUGAGGUCAGGGUUAGGUGUCAGGCAUUGGAAAUUAAAUUAGAAAUAAAGCCAAUGAUGUGGGAAAACAAGCUUAGGAAAAUAUUGUAGAUGGAAACUGCUUGCAGCAGUUGUAUGCUGUAGAUUGCUAUCGCAUUAUGAAACAAUUUUAUUUAUAUAUUGUUGAAUAUAAGAGACUUAUUUUUAAAAAAUAUUGCUUAGUAGGUUGUGCAUCUUUCAUGCAGUGAGUGGAAAGUACCUGAAUACUUGGCAGAGUAUGGGAUCUUGAAAUAAAGAUGUACUUUUGUGACUUUCUGCAUCAUGUCAUUGAUAUUUAAUAAGGAUAUUCAUUUGCCUGUUGCCUUCAUUGUAUUUGUUGGUGCAGCUUUUCUGACUCAUUUUACUCACAAAGUAAGAGAAUGUUGCCUUAGCUCAUCUGUCACUUGUACAUGGUGCCCAUUUUAUUUACGCAUGUUUCAAACUGGAAAUGCCUUCAGCUUCAAAGUCUUUCUCGCUCAUGUUUUGUAUAAGUGUUUUGGGGGAAAGAAAACGUCUAAGGUGGAUUCUCUAUAAACACAAACUUGAGAUUUAUAGGGAGUGUACAGUGACUUUGUAGUCAUUGCUGUUGAGACUUGGUAUACUUGGUGAUUGAUAUGUGUGAGCAACAUUUAUAACGGGCUUAAAUUAUGAGACAAGGUUUAAAUGUGUAUGUAAAAUGAAAUGACAGUGCGCUAGUGCACCAUACAAAUUGUGUGUGCAUAGCUUCCAAAAAUAAAACAUGACAAUUUGUAUAAAGGUCAUUCAUUGGAUUUUAGGAAAACGAACAGCUGAGGGUUAAAGCACCAGUGUCCAAGGCCAUAGUUCUACAUUCUAGUUGAUUUGCUACCCUUAUGGUGCAGGAUACUUUCCCCAUUUGAUUCAGCUGUUAAAAAAGUUUGUAACCAAUGAGACAGUGGGGGGAAAGAAAGGCAGUGAGGGAAAGGAGAUGAGCACCACUCUCAUGUGAAAGAAAUGGCUGUUAAGUGUUGUCUACAGUUCCCUGACUGAAAGAUUAUAAGACUUACAUUGUGCAAAUUAUCUUCGUGUUCUAUUAACACACUUCACCCAGGCAAAUUUUCUGCAUAAUUCUAUUGGUCUAUCAUAUAUCAGUAAUCCACAGUCGUAAUCUGCCCCCCUAGUAUCAGUGAUUUGAAUUGCGAUUUUACACAACUUCAAAAGCGUUUAGGAUAUUAUACUAGAUAGAUGAGACAAAUCACUGUGGCAAAAUAACUUAUUUUGAAAAGAGAUUCUACAGUUAUGGGCAUUUACUUGUAUUUACACAUGAAAACUUACAUUUGAUUGCUUGUGCUUGACGGUUACAUAACUGAUUAUUAGACUGCCAUUUACAUGGACUUAUCAAGUUCUCCUAAAUAUAGUAGCAAUUGCUUAGAGAGUAUUAUUAUUAUAGUACUUAGGUAAUGCAUUUACUCACUUAGCAUCGAGCUCAAUGUUCUGCACAAGAAAGUACAAUACAAAGAUAUAAAAUGAGAAAUCAUGAUAACAAAUGAAAGAUUUGUAUAGCAUUUACUCACACUUGUAAGGAGCAUGCUCUUCUUAGUGCUUAAAACAAGUAUGAGACAUGGGCAGCAUAUGAGGGACGGUAGAAUAAACAACAGUACUGACAAUGAAUAGAAGACAAAUAUAGAAAAUACAGAGAAGAACCAAAUAAUAAGAACUGAGUAUGGUGAUUUUGCUGAGGAAGACGUGUAGGAAAGCAGCAAUACAUGGAAAGGGUGAGGGUGAGUGAAAAAGGACUAGUAUUAUGUGGACUGGUAGGAGUAAUGCUCAAGGAGGAGGUGUAUUUUCAGUGCAGGUUCAAAGGAUUCAGUUGUAGAUUGGUGGCGGAUGUGUAAAGGGAGUUUCAUUGUUGCAAUGUUCAGGCUUUAUCUAAAACUUGCUCAAAGAUUUUACUAACAAAAAAGCAAAAAUAUAGCAGCCUUUGUGCAUCAUCGAACUUGGUAAAAACUUGCAGAUUUCACCCUAAGACAUUACAAUGUGUGAAUAUUGCUUUACCACUAAAGUUUAUGACAAAACCAGCAACUUUUUUCUCAAGACACCAAUAUGAUGUGCAUUGGAACUUGUGUAUUCUUAAGACACUGAUAGUAUUAUGUGCAUUAUAGCUUAUGUAUUCUUAAGCUUCUACAUGACAAAUGAAAAUUAGUGGCAAUCUGACCAUGAGUAGCUGUAAUUGUUAUUGUCCUCUGAAUUGCCAGUCUGUAUAAAUGUCCAGUCUUGGAAAACACUUGUACAAACCUUUAGUGAAAAGAGGAGAGCAUGCCUGAAAAUGUCUUGUGCUGUACUCUGUGCUUUACAGAUGAAAGGGAGAAAAGAUUAAUUGCAUCAUAUUAUGUUUUUGUCACCAUCAUUAGAAUAGUGCUAUCAGAGUUGGUCUUGUGCUUCCUACUUUUUGUUUGGAAGAGUAGUGAGUCAUAUAAAGAAGCUUUAUUUUGAAAGUACCAGUUUGAGGAAAAAGGCAGUUUUUCACACUGUUCUAUCCUUUCAAAACAUGGAAACUUUGUACUGUCAUAGGGGUUACAUACCUGAGAUCUCAGUGGUACAGAACACUGAGUUGGCUUCAAUAAAAGCUUUGUCUCACGUGAAACUAGGCAUGGGAAAGGAAUCUUGUGGAUAUAUCUGGUUGGAGAAAAAACUUGAAUCUUACAGUUUAUGGUUUAUGUAUCUCAGAUGAAUCUGUGUGAAAAAAUGUACAUCAACUAAAAAUGUGUUUUCAAGCAGUUUAGUUUUCACUGUAAGCUCUUGCAAAUAAUUUACAGCCUUUUAAAUUGAAAGACUAAUAGCUUCAGUUGCAGAUAUUUUAAUAUUAAUAUAUGAAAUUGGUGUGCAAAUUUUUUGUGGGCUUCACUAAUGAAAGUUUUUUUCUGUUUACUGAAUUCCACAGAAUCAACAUUUCCAGCAUUUUGUAAUGGAUAAUACAUGAGAUGUCUAUGAUGACUUGACUGGCCUAAAACUUUUUUUAAAAUAAAAUGCCCUCACCUGCA